GCUUAACGCUUCAUAAAUUAUAUGGUCGUCGUCUUCUUCUUCUUCUUCUAAGUUUUCAUUCUGUUUCAAAUUUAAAUCCCAAAUCAAAUGGGUUCUUGCAUUAGCAAAUGUAGAUCAAAGAAAAAAUUCGAAGAAGAUCUCAACCUAGUUCAUGAUAAACUUGUUAUUUCACAAGCUCAAGUUUCUGUCAUUAAUCCUCAAAUAAAUGAUAGACCUGUUUCACCAGCCCCAUCUUCUGUUUCCUCAGUUUCUUUUUCGUCGUUUUCUUGCUCGAAUGGUGGCCCGAGCAAUGGAUGUUCUAUGGCAUCAUCGUUAUCUACUACUUCUACUUCUUCUUCUACGGCCUUGUGCACGAAGGACAGGUGUUAUUCGAAUGAGUUCUUGUGGUCUUGUGUGAAGGAGAAUCCACAUGUAGUUCGCCUAAAUCAAACCAAGAAAAAUCUCGAAAACUCUGCAGUGUAUUCAAGAAUUCAGCCUCGGAAUAAUUUUGAGCACUCGGUAAAACCGGUUGUGGAACCAGUACUAAAAAAAUCCAUCGUCCAAGGAAAUUUUUCAGACGAGAUGGUUCAAGAAGAAACACCCAAGAAAAGAGCCCGGGCUUCUUCCCCAACCAUAAUUCGACAAAAAAGCUUCCGAAAAGAGCAGAAUUCUGCAAUUUCAAACUCUAAUAGAGGACUAAUGAGGUCACCCUCUCCAAGCAGAAGAUUUAGUGGGGAUAACUUGUCCAGGACCAGUCCAACAAAUGCAUCAAAAAAGGGUUCUUGCAGGAAUUCAUCUACAAUUUCGAGGGCGAAUACAAAUAUUUCUUCCUCAUCUGGUAGGAAAAGAGAAAAUUCCCGUCCUCAAACUGCUAGUCCAAGUCAUGAUUUAAACAGGCGAAAUACAGCAAUAAUGAGCAAAAGGGAUGUUAUUAACCGACAGGUAAAUGCAAAAAUUGAUGAUAUUUCCACAGGAGAAGUUCAAUGCAAUCAAGGAAUGGACAGGGAUUUUGCCAUGGAGGACAUUAACAAUCCUCUUAUAGCUUUGGAUUGUUUCAUUUUUUUGUGAUUAAUUCUGGGUGUGCAUGCUUUUAGCUUGUUUUGAUGUAUUUCAUGUUUAUAGGCUUUUUAUUUUAUUUUAUUAUUUUAUUUUUAUUUUUUUUCAUUUUUCCUUGAGUUUUAACAGUUCUACACUCAUGAACAGGAUUCGAAAAACAUAUAUUGCCCAUGUUCAUAUUCUGUCUUGUAUUGAGAUUUUA